GUUUGAGUAGCAGCAAAAAAUCUAUGGUGGUUCAUUUGUAGGUGUUUUGUGUGGGUUUGGGUUGAUGCUACAGAAUAAUGUUCUUUAUGGCUAGAUUACAGGAACUAGUUAUUAACCUCGUGCUUGUUCCUUUUUUGCUUGGCUAUUACUCUGUUUUACCUAAUGGAUUCAGUCAUCAGGGGCUUGGUGUUGGGGCUCAGCACAAUGCUGACCACACGGAGCAGCAUGGCUUCACAUCUGAAACUCUCCAAUACAACACCUUAGAGGAGGAUGCUAAAGGUGGCACCUUAAACACGGUUACGGUCAAGUGCCAUGCGUCGACCAUGGAGAUUGUGGUCCAGGCUGACUUAUAUGGUGUCGGAACUGUUAUUGAUGUGUCUGAGCUGCGCCUGGGUGCCAACCCCCACCCCAGAAAGUCUUGCAGGCCAACUGUAUCAGGACAUGGGGAAUACACAAUUAUUGCAUCUUUAACUGACUGCGGCACGAAACGACUGAUCACAGGAAACUCGCUGAUCUAUGUGAACCUCCUCAUCUACUCCCCAUCAUCUUCUCCAGAGGGCAUCAUUCGCAUGAAAGAAGUGGUUAUUCCAGUUGAAUGCUAUUAUCCAAGGAAUUUCCUCAUCAGUAGCGAUGCCCUCAGACCAGAUCCAACGCUCUCCUCUGCGGAGCCUUCUCUGGAUCAUAUGGAGUUCUCUCUGAAGCUUAUGAAUAGUGACUGGCAGUCUAAACGUGCUUCCAACCAGUAUGUUUCGGGAGAGUACAUUAACAUUGAAGCUAUGGUCAGGCUACACCAGCCAACGGCCCUUCGGCUCUUUAUAGACAACUGUGUGGCCUCUCUGCUUCCUGAGAAGACUUCAUCACCCAACUAUUCCUUUGUGGAGAAUAAUGGAUGCCUGUUUGAUGCACUGAUGACUGGCUCCCGCUCAGCAUUCCUGCCAAGAGUCCAAGAGAACAAGUUGCAGCUGCAGUUGGAGUCCUUCAGAUUUGAUCAGAAGGCUAAGAAUAUGCUCUACAUCACAUGUCUCUUGGUAGCUGUACCCCUCACUAGGUACAGGAAUAGUGACCGAAGGGCUUGCUCCUUUAUUGGUGGACGGUGGAGGUCUGCAGAUGGGGCUGAUUCUGACUGCCUCACCUGUGAACAGUCCCUGUGGAUUACUCACCCCCUGUGGGCCAGUGCCCCUGUUGCCAGUAAACUGGAAAAAGGCUUUAGGGAGAAAAGCAAGGAAACAAGUAGCAUUGGUGCUGAAGACUUCAAGGAGUGGAGAAGGGAAGCCAUCGUGGGACCUCUGUUUGUACUUUCCACUCAAGGGGAUCAAAUGGCAGAAGUGGACCAGACCAGCCUUCACUUGAAUGAAGACGAUGCUCCAGUUAGCCUUUCCAUUUAAUAGACCCCUGGUCUUCACCAUGAGAACACUGGGCUAAUGGAACACUUGUCCAGUGUUGGGUCAUUGGUCAUCUGACCAAGAGUCAAAUGUAGACUAGUUUCUCCACUCUAAUUGUAGAAUAUGCUUUUAGGCCCCCCCACUACACACACCACAUUCUCCAGUUGCUGUUGAGAAACCUCUGCGUAGCAUGUCAAUACUUGCCUGAUCUAGUACAAGAAUAUUAUAGUGAAACAUACACAAGGUUUUAUGUUGAUGUUGAAUAUAUUAUAGGAAUGUUUGCUGAUCUAAGUAUUUAUUUACCCUGUAUGGUACAUGACUGUAAACCAUUUCCCCCAUAGAAUAAUAAAGUCUUAUCUCAUC